AUGGCGAAAGCUUUCCAUACAUUGCAAAAAGGUGCUGUCGUCCAGCACACCGCCAAAACCCAUAACCUGAAAGGUCAACUACCUGAAGGGAGCAUGGAAUCUUUAGCAACAACCAUUCGUUUCGUCACGCUGAACUACCGAACACUAUCGAGUGAACUCCAACAAGCCGCUCUAUCCAGACUUCUGCGAUAUCUCUGUGUGCCUUUUGCUGCACUGCAGGAAACACGCAUGAGGGAUCGGACCGUCAUCAGCAUCGAAAAUUACACCAUAUACUGCGGCGAUGCUGAUGAGAACAAAGUAGGUGGCUGCGCGAUAGCUGUGAGGAACGAUUACAAGAAUCUGGUGGAGGAAUUUGGCUCAACGUCGUCUAGAUGCGCCUUUCUACGACUGCGGGAUCGCAGAGGACGUAACCUCUGGAUCGUAAGUGCUCACGCUCCUACGGAAACCGCUGAGGACAACAGUAAGGACGCCUUCUAUGAUGAACUCAAUGCGUUGAUGUCUAAAGUACCAAGCCAGCAGGUGGUCAUUGUCGGAAUCGACGCAAAUGCGAAGAUGGGACUCGAACAGCAAUCCGAUGUGCUAGGAAAAUGGUACUAUGCAGCGGAUCGCACGUCGGACAACGGUGACCGUCUGGUCGACUUGUGCGAACAGACGGGCCUCGCUUCCACGUUUAAGAGGAAUCAUCGACGCCAUCAGCUCACGUGGCAGGGGUCAACCCUUUUAACGCCUGAAGAGCAGCGCAAGCGGGAGAUAAGGACUCUUAAACUUCAGCUCGACUACGUUCUGGCGAGGAACAUUCCUCAGUCAGAUAUCCGAAAAUCUAGAGCUGUUUGGGACGUCGCGUUCGACUCUGACCACCGUCCAGUUCUUCUCAGCUUCAAGAUACGGUUCCACAAGAGAAACCGAGGUGUUCCUCUUCAACCGAAAAUCGACAUGGCAGUACGGACCAGGAAGAAGCUUAGCUAUGCGGAUUCCUUCACAAAGUGCAUCCAGGACGCUGCAAGAGAGACGCUUCCGGUUCUGUUGCCGCGGAAGAAGUUUGCCUUUGCAUCUGCGAAAACAAAAUCCACGUACAAUUCUGUAUGUGUCGCGCGCAGCGCUGGUGACUUCAACCAGGAAAAGCGUCUAAGAAGGAAGCUGCGUCGUCAACUGCAACAAGACAGCGAUAACGAGUGGACGUCAAGAGCGAUGGAGUUUGAGAAGGCGUGGGAGGACAGGAACCCGCGCAAAGCCUACGCUCUACUAAAACAGUAUAGCGGCAAAAUGAAAAGAUGUUCCCAUGUCCUCAGCACUGCUAAUGGGGUAGCUGUCGGUGAAGCAACCCUUCCAAUUUGGAAGGAACACUUCAAGACCUUGCUGAACCGGCUAGCACCGUCAGCUCCUGAACUCGAACACGUUCAUAAACCGACAUAUGCUGUUAACGAGGAGCCACCGACCGAGUCGGAGGUCCUGGUCUGUAUUCAGAAAAUGAAGAAUGGAAAAUCUGCCGCUUUCGACUCUCCUCACCGAGGCCGUCUUCUCAAUGCGCUUCGCGCCGAUGGAGUACCAGGAAAGUUCGUUCGCUUGCUGGAUGACAUGAAUCAACGAACAACUGCUGCAGUUCGAACACCAGUCGGAUGUACAACACCGUUUGAAGUGGUAACUGGAAACAGUCGACCAGUGUCCUGCCGACAUUGUCUUAGCACCAUCAGGGUGCCCUUGACUAACUUCGAGUACGCCGAGGAUGUUGUUAUAUUCGCGAAAAGCAGUACGAAACUUCAGCAUGUUGUCAACCUUGUAUCGAAGCUGGCUGCAGCUUACGGACUACUCCUACGCCCUGAUAAAUGCAAGCAGAUGUGGAUCUCUUCGAGACCUCGAACGGGAAUCAGGGUGGACGGACAACCGAUAGAACUCGUCGAUGAGUUCUGUUACCUGGGCUGUAUGCUGAAGAACAACGGCAGCUACGAGAGAGAUGUUCAGCAAAGAUGCGUUAAGGCCACUUCUGCAUUUAACUCCUUAACGAAAUGUCUGUGGUCGACCCCCAUCACCAACGAAAGCAAGCUGCGAGUCUACCUAUCCGCAAUUCGCCCCAUCAUGAUGUACGGAUCGGAGACUUGGGCAGCACCAUCAACGGUUAUGGAGAGGCUUGACUGCACGGAACGAAAGCUGCUUAGACGGCUACUUGGUUACUUUUAG